UGUCGGUCUGUUCGAAAUAAUUCUUAUAUAGCCCUUCGUCCAGCUGGGUGCACCCUUCUCUUCUUUUCCUCAGGUCCCCAGCCAUCCAAUAGUUAGUUCAUCUCAGGGGAGAGAGCUCAUCUCUUCCUUUCCUCUCCUUCAACUCUUCACGGUUGCUAUUCAUCUUCAGAGAUACCCGUCAGCAUUAGAACCUCCCUCCGCUCAACUUCUCCAUCCUUAAACUUCGUUCUAUCCUCGCAUACAGUGUAUGCUAUUUUGAUCCUGCCACCCUCUUCGAAAUAGAAUAUCACGUUUGUACCAAGCAUCCGGAAUGCGUGCAAACCUCUUCCUCCUGGGCUGCCUGACAGCAGGCUCCAUGGCAGCGCCGACUCUCCUAAACGACGUAUACGACUACUCGUCAGACUUAGCCACCUACCUCGGAAAAGUGAGCAAGUACAUCGAGAGCACGGGAGAAGAGCUUAUCAAGAGCGUCAACUCAUGCGACACAUCCAAAAUCUCCCUCCCGUCAUACGCGUCCAGCCUGCCCUCACCGUCCGGAAUGAGCCCAAUUUAUGUGGCAGUGGGCCGUGGCACCCAGAACUACACCUGUGCCACUUCGACCUCGAGCUCAACACCCCAAGCCAUAGGUGCAGUGGCGCGUCUUUACAAUGCAACCUGCAUCGCGGCCAAUUACCCAGACAUGUUAUCGUUACUCCCGGGUAUAGUGUACAAGGAACAGCUGCCCAGUAACGAGGAGGAACCUCUCCCGCCGGCAAACCUUGAACUCUUGGGUCAUCAUUUCUUUAGAGAUACGACCACACCAGUUUUUAACCUGGAUACUCUGGCGUCUCGGCAGUAUGGGAUUGCGAUCACGAAGAAACAAGACUCGAUCGAUGCUCCGUCGAGUGCUAUUCAGGGUAGCAAUGGGGCUGUCCAAUGGCUGUACCUGACCACUAUCAACGGUACCGUCGGUGAGUAUGAAGCGGUCUAUCGAGUAGACACGGUUGCCGGUUCAGCCCCGAAGACCUGUCAGGGAAUGCAGUCGGUGUUUACUGUGCAGUAUGCGGCCAACUAUUAUUUCUAUGGCGCAUGAUGGAGGGUGGGGUACAGAGCAGUUGCACUGUAAAUAGACAGAACUGAAG